AAAAUCCGUUCCUUUUUUAUUCUUCACUCUUUCCUCGUUGCCUAACCCCAACCCCAACGCGUCACCCAAUAAAUCACCAUACAAUCUUACACUCACCCCCACCGCAGUUCUCAAUUCUCACUCUCUCACGAUGGCGCAGCCUGCGACCCAUGUUUCGCCUCCAUUGAAGGACGAGCUAGACAUAGUCAUCCCUACCAUCAGGAACUUGGAUUUCUUGGAGAUGUGGAGGCCAUUCUUCCAGCCUUACCACCUAAUUAUCGUCCAGGAUGGAGAUCCCAGCAAGACAAUCCAGGUUCCUGAUGGCUUUGAUUACAAGCUUUAUAACAGGAACGAUGUGAAUCGGGUCCUUGGACCUAAGGCCAAUUGUAUCUCUUACAAGGACUCCGCCUGUCGGUGCUUCGGGUUCUUGGUUUCUAAGAAGAAAUACAUCUUCACCAUCGAUGACGAUUGCUUUGUUGCUAAGGAUCCAAGUGCGAAGGAGAUAAAUGCGCUGGCACAGCACAUACAGAAUUUGCUAACCCCAUCGACACCCUUCUUCUUCAACACCCUGUAUGAUCCAUUCAGAGAAGGGGCAGAUUUUGUGAGAGGUUACCCAUUUAGCUUGCGAGGAGGAGUGCCCACUGCCAUCUCCCAUGGCCUUUGGCUCAACAUCCCUGACUAUGACGCCCCUACUCAGCUGGUCAAGCCUCUUGAGCGUAACACCAGAUAUGUGGAUGCUGUUCUGACAAUCCCGAAGGGUACCCUAUUCCCGAUGUGUGGAAUGAACCUCGCUUUUAACAGGGAGCUGAUAGGCCCUGCUAUGUACUUUGGACUCAUGGGAGAUGGUCAGCCCAUUGGCAGAUAUGAUGAUAUGUGGGCUGGCUGGUGUGCCAAGGUAAUCUGUGACCAUCUGGGUCUUGGAGUGAAAACAGGGCUGCCAUACAUUUGGCACAGCAAAGCAAGUAACCCAUUUGUCAAUUUGAAGAAGGAAUAUAAGGGCAUAUAUUGGCAGGAAGACAUCAUUCCGUUUUUCCAAUCUCUUGUUCUACCAAAAGAGUGCACAACUGUGGAGAAAUGCUACAUUGAGCUUUCCAAAUUGGUUAAGGAAAAGCUUGGCCCUAUUGAUCCUUACUUCCACAAACUUGGUGAUGCAAUGGUUACUUGGAUUGAAGCUUGGGAGGAGCUCAAUUCGCCAAGACAAGGAUCUACAGCACAGCCCAAUGGCAUUGAGAAAAAAUGAGCCCUCUUUUUUCCCCAGUGGACAACAUAUCUUAUCUUGGCUAUACCAAUUGGAUGUGAUUACCUUCACCAUGUUUCUCUUUGGCAUUCUACAUUUGCAUGUCAUGCUGAGUUUUUUCUUCUGUUUUUGUUCCAUGUUGAGUUUGAUACAGUCAUUUCUUUGUCCUUAUGGAUCACUUUUGGACUGGAUAUACUAAAUCAAGGACUGUAAUUUUACAACAAAUCGAAUUCAAAUAUAUAGUUUACAUGAUUGCUUUU